AAUUACUUCUAUCCCACAAUAUUGAACCACUUUGCCAGCAGCAAUCAAACAUGAGCAUGAAUAUUAAUGAAGCAUAUGGAGAUGAUCUUGAAAAAGCUUUGGCCAAAGCUUCAAAGGGAAACAACAAAACGUUGAUAAUUGCUAUAGUAAAUAAGGCUUAUGUAGAACAAGAUGUAAAGGGUGAUGCCAUCACCAUGUUUGAUUUAUUUUUAAGUAGCUUUUGGCUUGGAGAAGGAACAAGAUCUUUGAUUGAUAAUCUUCUCAUCGUAGCCGUCGAUCAAAUUGCCUAUGAUCGAUGUCGAUUUUUGAGAUUGAAUUGCUUUAGAUUGGAAACAAAUGGUGUUGAUUUUGAAGGUGAGAAAAUCUACAUGUCUCAAGAAUUCAUUAAGAUGAUGUGGAGAAGGACUUUUUUCCUUUUAGAAGUUCUAAAACGUGGUUACAACUUCAUUUUCACGGACACUGAUGUAAUGUGGUUAAGAAAUCCAUUUGAAAAAUUGAGCAAGAAUGAGACAGAAGAUCUCCAAAUCAGCGUUGACAUCUACCUCGAUGAUCCUUGGUCAGAAAAACAUCUAAUCAACACUGGAUUUUUCUUCGUGCGGUCGAACAACAAAACUAUAUCAUUGUUUGAUACAUGGUAUGGAAAGAAAGACAACUCCACAAGAAAAAAGGAGCAAGAUGUGCUUCUUGACCUCAUUGAAAGUGGUAUAUUUGGACAUUUGGGACUCAAAGUUAGGUUUUUGGAUACUCUUUAUUUUAGUGGAUUUUGUCAAGAUAGUAAAGAUUUCAUGGAAGUAACCACAAUUCAUGCCAAUUGUUGUCGAAGUAUCACUGCAAAGGUGGCUGAUCUAAAGGCAUCCCUUCAUGAUUGGAAGCAAUUUAGGAAGUUAGAAACUAAUUCUAUAAUAAAUCUUCAUUGGACAAGUCAUGAUUGGUGUUGGCAGUCUUGGGGAAGACCUAAUAGAACAAUUGGUUAAAAAAUAUCAUAUAUUGUUGUUAAUUAGUUUGACAAUGAUACUUAUAUAUGUAUUUUCAUAUUGUAUACUCUAUCUAAAAUAUACAUUGGGAUUUAGAAAAUGGAAACUUAUGAGCAUGUGAAACUUCAUUAUGAGAAAAUAAAGGAAUGAAGAGAAUAAUCAUUUUUAUGA